AUGGGCGUCAAAGAAGAACUUCCGGAAAAUUUGGAGAAUUUCACGGAUUACUGGGGUGACCACUUACCCGACCACACACCGUGUUGUUCGUCUUUGCAGUUUGCGCAUCUGAACACGGUGAACAACACUUGGACGAGUACUGAACAGCAAGAUAAAGUUUGUGAUCGAGCACUUGCAGUGAGCGAAACCAGUACGGAUUCCACGAUCUCGGAUACUAUUGUGGUGACGCACUCGAUGGGGAAUCUCAUGUUUGCUGGGGCGCUUGCUAACACGAGAUGCAGUCUGGAUUCCAGCUCGACGUGGGUGGGAUUGGCUGCUCCUAUGACGGGAAGUAUGUGCUCCGAUUUCGUCCAGGAAUCCUGCGCAGGUGAGACUAAUAUUGUCUGGGAGAAGAUUGGCAAUAUUACGGGACGAUGUCCUGUCACCACUGCGCUGAAAUCAUUGGCGUAUCAAGGUGGGGAUCACAACACAGAAGAGCUUGAUGAGGCGUACACGGCAGCUCAAGAAGCUUACAAGAAUAAUGUGUAUGCAGCCAUGUGUAGCUACUGGUACUCUGGGAUUCCAUCCAAAUAUCAAGCUGAGUUCUGGGCGUUGGGUACGAUGGUUCCCCAUAAAUCUCGCAAUAACGACGGCAUGGUCGAGUUCGAAAGCUGCGCGUUUGGACUUCCAGAGUCGGAAUUUGAAAAAUCCUGGAAGUCCCGAUUCUACAAGACAAGAUUAAAUCAUUACGACCUGGGGUUUCAAACCGGUGAUUGGUUGCUGGACGAGGAGAAGAUGCCGUUGAAAUGGUUUGAAUGUCUACUAUAG